AAAGUGAUGUUGAAGAUUUAGAGAAUGAAUACGUCGAAGACAAUAGCGAAGAUGAAAUAGAAGACUUGGAAGAUAUACUUAAAGACUAUGAUGAAUAUAAUCAAGAGGAAAGUGAAUCAAGCGAUUAUAGUGAUUUACUUGAUACGUUGGAAGAAGUUAGUGACGAUGAAAAUGAAGAAGCCGAAACUUCCAAGGGUAAAAGAAAAAGUACCGAAACCAAAGAAUUACGACCAAAAAAGAAAAAACGUGGUAGAUUUGUUGAAGUUGAAUACGAGCAUGAACAAUCAUUGCCAAAAGUACCUACUUGGUAA